AGAAGAAAAAAGAUGGUGGAAAUGUAAGAGAGGGGAGAGAGAGAGAGGGGGGGAAGGGAGAGAGAAGAAUAAUGUCGUUCUCGUUCUUCAAGCCGUCGAGGCCUAAAUCGCCGUCGGAGCUCGUGAGGUCGGUCAGGGAAUCCCUUCUCGCACUUGAUGCGAAGACCGUCGCGGACGUCCGAGCCCUCGAGAAGGUGCUUGAAGAUUUUGAAAAAAACCUCCUUAGUAUGAGACAAAUGCUUUUUGGAGACGGUGAAGUUGAACCAAAUGCUGAUCAGGUUUUGCAGCUAGCAACUGAAAUAUGCCGGGAUGGAGUUCUUGAUCUUUUUGUUCACAAGUUACCUAUUCUUGGGUGGGAAGCAAGAAAAGAUCUGGUACAUUGCUGGGGCAUUUUACUCAAACAGACAGUGGGAUCUAGUCAUUGCUGUGUGGAAUACAUUGAGAGUCAUCCUGACCUUCUAGACUCCCUUGUCGUGUGUUAUGACAACAAAGCGAUUGCUUUGAAUUGUGGGAAUAUGCUAAGGGAAUGCAUCAAAUAUCCUACACUUGCUAAAUAUUUGUUGGAGUCAACCAGCUUUGAGUUGUUCUUCAAAUUUGUGGACCUCCCAAACUUUGACGUAGCAUCAGAUGCCUUUGCAACAUUUAAGGAUCUGCUUACUAAACAUGAAGAUGUUGUCUCUGCAUACCUAAUUUCCCACUAUGAACAGUUCUUUGAUCUUUAUGAACAACUGUUGACAUCACCAAACUAUGUAACACGAAGGCAGUCACUGAAGCUUCUUUCAGAAUUUCUUCUGGAAGCCCCAAAUUCACAAGUAAUGGUGCGAUAUGUUUCAGAGGUUCAAAACUUGAAGAUCAUAAUGAAGCUUCUGAAGGAUACCAGCAAAAACAUCCAGAUAUCAGCUUUCCACAUUUUCAAGGUCUUUGUUGCAAACCCAAAUAAGCCACCAGAUAUAACUGCAGUUCUCGUGAAAAACCAUGAUGGACUGCUACCCCUACUUCACAAUCUUCCAUUCAGCAAAGAUGAUGAACAGUCUGAAGAGGAGAGAGAUAUCCUCAUUAAGGAAAUUGAAAAACUAGUUUCCCUUGCAGGAGCAUGUUAAUUAGCAUGCCCAUCGUUAUUUUUUUCCUUUUUCUCUAAGUGAAAGGACAGAAUUAAAUCUCCAUCGUUGUAAUUGAACUCUAUAUAUGAAGACAGCAAUUGUAAUUUUCCAAAUUUCCGUGGCUUAUAUCCUUUUACUUUGUGAUGCUGCUCUUGUAAUAGAUGCCAGCAAUGAAACUACUUAUGAAUUCA